GUAUGUAGAUUGUCCUACAAGACUACUGGUCCCCAAGCAAGUAUCCGAAUCCGAUAUGGAAGCAGUAAUAUUGGUUCGAUUAUUCAGGUUACCCUGUCUGCAUAAGAUGCACAAGAUUGAUUAUACGUGCAGAUAAAAAUAAGAACUAGUCCACCAUUAAAGGAGUAUCAUCAUCAUAUGAAUGUGUACGUAUAUGUAUGAUCAGAUAAUGCGACUAAGCCAUUCCCAGACAACUGAAUAUCAACUAGCUAGAUGCUACUCUACAAUGAUAAGCAAGCAAAUCAUAGCCAGAAUUCCAGCAUGGGUGCAAGUCAAAAUUCACAAAGUUUGGAGAUGGCCAGAACUAUGGUCAUUAUACAUUAACAUGGAGUCUAAGUUUGGAUUUUGGCCAUGUGUAUGUGUGAGAACCCCGCUUCUAGGGAUUCUCGGGACUGAUCUUGGGCACCCGUGAGAUUGAGAUUUAGGGUUGAGAUUAGGGAUUUAGAUGAGAAGAACAGAAUAGAAUUGGGAAUCGGCCGAGGCCUUGGAUUAAGAGAGAAUAGAAAUUAGGAGUUGAGAGGAUAAACUAGGGUUUAGGAGAUUCUUCUGAAUAUUGUUCUUGAUUGAUUAUGACGUAAACCCAAAGUACAUAUUUAUAGGGAAAUACUGGAAAACCCUAAUGAUAAUCCUAAUCCGACUAAAUCUCUACUAACCAUAAUUAUAAUAAUCCUACCUAAUAUAAUAAUAGAAACCCUAAAUAAAUGUGUUUUUGCCAAUCCAUCCCCCUUGAAAACAACCUUGACCUCAAGGUUGUAGUUGACUUCUACCUCCUUGACCUUCCGCUUUCUUCGUUUCCAAUUGCGCUCAAUUCUAUAAAUUAAUCUUUCUCCAGCAACUUCAAAUUUCUCCGACUCUUCUCCUGCCACGUGGCACCUACGCCCCAGCCCAUAGCCGAACAAUUCUUCCUCUUCCUUUUCGAAUUCCACAAAAUAAGAAUCUAAGAAUUGUUCUUCUUCUUGCUUCUCGUCACUCACCAACUUGAAAUAUUUAAGGAGUAGCUCCAUAAUUUCCUCCAUAGGCUUGGUGGUGAAAACAACCCAUAGCUUUACCCAACCUUCCUUUCCUCCUCCCUUGGGUCAAGCCUUUCCUGACUGCUAAUUUCGUGUGGGCUUGUCUCCUCCAAAAGCCCACCUUUAAUGUCCAUCAAGCCUUCUUCUUUCUUUAAAAGACUUUUCUGCAAAAUAACCCCAAUAAAACAGACAUUGGGCUCAAUCUCUUCAAGACUUGGCCCAUCAACUAACAUAAACUCUUCCCUCUGAUGCGGCCCAAUCUUUUCAAACAAGCUCACCAUAUCCCUUCUUGUUGCCCCCAGAUCUUCAAGCCCACAACCAAACUCUUUCCCGGCCCACUCCUCUCUCAACUGUGACCCAACUUUGGAGAUGCAACCCACUACCUAUCCUGCCACUCGGUUGGGCUAAUCGAAUUCGGCCCAAAGAGAGGAACAUCGGCUGUGGGACUCCGUGGCCCACUUCUACGACCCUAGGGUUUGCGAAAGGAGAAACGCGACCGCCACCCACCUUCUCCCUCGAUUCCUCUUCUUUCUCCGUCGACGACCGGCACUCCGACGGCAUGGCACCACCCGCCGCCGUCUUCCACUCCUUCUUGUCUCCCGGUGGAGGCUUUUUCUCCGACUCGACCUCCGGAUUCGAGUCGUCCCUCGCUGGUCGCUCUGCUUCUUCCUUCGGCCUCGUCCUCCCGACAGUCAAUGCCCAAGCUGGAGUUGGUGUCAAUUGCGGCGCCACAGGAGCCUUUCCCGCUGUCGGCGAAGAGGUCUGGCGAGCUUCCUCUGCCUUUCCUCGCCGAACAACGCCAGCACAACUCUCCUCCUCCGCCGACCUCGGCUCCGUGUCGUUCUCGCCCGGCGAGCUUCUCGCCAUAGGGUUGGAUGGCAGCCCCACUCUAGCGACUCUCAUCCUUGUCGUUACCUCCGCGCCGAUUGACUUCUUCUCCCUCUCAUUUUCCCGCGACGAGGUCUUCUCGUGGCAAGCAGGCAGACUCAAUCAGCCGCCCUCCUUCUCCAGCGACGCUCUCUCCGACGCCUCCUUUCCCGGUGGCGGCUCGUUCACCCGACGACUCGCCGCCUCCUCAGUCUUCAGUCGUUUGCCCCCGUUGCCGCGUCGCUCCGCGUGACUCGCUCUGAUUUUCGUGCUCCCUUUCGAUCGAGCCUCGGCAGUGGGGUUGAAUGGUGAUGAUAGAGCUCCGGAUGCGGUGGCUCCCCCGUCGUCAGGCGGCUCUGAUGGCGACAGCUCACGCUCCCUCUGAAUCUCACAACCAGAGCCAUUUCUAGGCUCUUAUUUCUUCUUCCUGAACUUCGAGGAAACAACAGAUUGGCUAGGGAACAUUGAUUGUUCCAUCCAGUCUUCCAAAUCCAUUUUCUUUUAUGCUCCUUCUUGAGCAAGCCUGUAGCGACUUCAAUCACGGUGGUCAUCACGACCUCAUCAGCCGUGACGGCCAGCGAUGGCGCUUCCUCCCUCGGUAGCUCCGCGGUGAUCACCACAGACUGCUAUUGUUCGGUGAUUUCGACAGCCGCUUCGACGGAAAGAGCAACGGCUCGUGAUGAUGGUGAUGGUGGCACAGCAGCCACUGCAGCAGCUGCUUUCUCGGUCUUCACAACGACAGUGGUUUUCCCUUGCUCGAACUCGAUUUGGAAUGCCGGUUGUUCCAACCAAUCUUCAAAAUCUGGUUCAGCGACCAACGGUUCGAUUACGGCUACGGUCGGAGGUGGGAUUGGACUCCUCUCCGUCCUCGCCGCAUCCAACUUCAUCUUAAGAGCUUUGGUGAGUUCUUCGAUUGAGAGCUCUUCAAAUCUUGACAUGGCUACGGACGAGUGCCUGCAACCAGGCUCUGAUACCAAUUGUGAGAACCCCGCUUCUAGGGAUUCUCGUGGCUGAUCUUGGGCACCCGUGAGAUUGGGAUUUAGGGUUGAGAUUAGGGAUUUAGAUGAGAAGAACAUAAUAGAAUUGGGAAUCGGCCGAGGCCUUGGAUUAGGAGAGAAUAUAAAUUAGGAGUUGAGAGGAUAAACUAGGGUUUAAGAGAUUCUUCUGAAUAUUGUUCUUGAUUGAUUAUGACGUAAACCCAAAGUACAUAUUUAUAGGGAAAUACUGAAAAACCCUAAUGAUAAUCCUAAUCCAACUAAAUCUCUACUAACCAUAAUUAUAAUUAUCCUACCUAAUAUAAUAACAUAAACACAUUUUCUAAAUAAAUGUGUUUCUGCCAGUAUGGCUCCAAGGUUUUGAUGCAUAUAUUAUCAACUAGAGGCGGGGUGCUCGAUCGAGCAAGGUGCCUGCUUGGAUAUUCUGGUUGCAAUCAUGUUGGAUUCUUUCUCCUAAUCAAAUGGUACCCCUUUUCUGUUCCUUCUUUUCAUUUUCAGCUUCCUGAAUCGAUCCUGUGAUGUUACGUUUCUUGGUGAUGCAACAGUAUGAUACUGCAACUUUCUUCUUCUUCAAGUCUUGUAAGACUUCUUAAUGUUUUGUGUUGAAGAAUCAUGGAUUGGGAUUGCUUCUUUUGUGUGUAUAAGGGCUAGACUUUGGUAUCUGGAGGUAAGAUGUAUCCCCAUAUCCCUGUGUUAGUACAAGCAGAAUUUGGUCUCCGAAUUUUGAUAAAGCUCUACCGCAUGUGAAGUAGUUAAGAACGGAUUAGAUAAUGAACUUGAAAAUACUAGGUAUCUCUGUUGGAGUUCUAAACUUUGCAAGAUGGUAAAUGUGAAGAAUAUUGCACAAGAGUUCAUUCUUGAUGAUUCCUUGUGCUUCACAUUUGCCAAAAUGAACAUUGCAUUAUGAC